AUGGCGGCCAAUAUGGAAUUUCAGGAUUUAAUAGCUCCCAGUCCAAGAAAAAUCACUGUCAAUCCCUCUCUUACAACUCUAGUCGAUCAGAAAGUGGAUAUUACUGUGAGUAAUCUAUGUCCUGACGAAGUUGUCACUCUGCGAGCUCGAACUGUUGACGAUAAUAAUUUGGUGUUCGAAUCAACGGCAAAAUACAAGGCGAAUCAGAAUGGAGAAGUGUUUGUUUCUUCCCAACCUUCGCUUUAAUAGUGGAUCGUACACUGGUAUUGAACCAAUGGGUUUAUUUUGGAGUAUGAAGCCUGUUAUUGAUGCAGAUAAACACGACUUUCUGACAAAACGAGAUGUGACAAUUCCAUUCAAAAUAACCAUGAAUGUUUUUGAUGAAUUUGGAGACAGGGGGAUGAUUGUACCAGCAACAACUGUGACAAUGGAGAGAUGCUUUCUUGGUACCAGUGUGACUCGGUGUAUUGUGGAGGGAAAUGGAUUGUAUGGCACAUUAUUUUUACCACAUGGAAAAGGACCAUUCCCAG